AUGGAACGGGAAGAGCAUCGUUUUGACUUCGAAAUUUGCUCAUUCACAUAUCGACGUGAUCGGGACCAUCAAACAGGUACAACCAUAGGGGUCGAAACGUCUUGGGAAGAACUGAAAGUUUUAUAUAAUCGUGCUGGCGACGGCUUUCCAAAUGGCACCCACUAUCGAACAAUCAGUGAAUUUGGCCCAGAACUAUUUGCCGUGUCAAACUGGGGUAUGUGCUUCUAUCAUGACGGUUGUUAUAACAACUCCGAUCAUAUAGGUCCGAAACAAGGCAGGUGGCGACCAUACAUAACGGCAAGAGAUACUGUCUUUGGCCGAAUGGAUCCAUUAUCAGGGAGAAUCUGGUUGUACGAUAGGGAAGAUGAUGAUGAUCCGGGAGAGAAUGAAAGUAGCAGUGAUAACAGUUUAUACCAGUCUGGCCAAUCGACAAAGGAAGUGAGACGGUAUUUGUCAUCUCAAUCCAACGCUUAUAUCAAUCAAAUGAUUUGUUAUUAUCUAACUCUUCUCAAGCUAGUCCAAUUCAUAUCACAAGUAGCAUUCUUACUUCUUGCAGAACGAUAUAUUUGA